AUUAAGGGCAUCCGGAGUUUUAGCCCAGAUAAUGAAUAUAUCAUCGAGUUCUACAAGCCUCUGACCAUCGUCGUCGGUUCGAAUGGAGCGGGGAAGACGACCAUCAUCGAGUGCCUCCGCAAUGCCACCACCGGCGAGCUGCCGCCUAACACUCGGCAGGGGCAGGGCUUCGUGCACGAUCCAAAGGUGGCGGGUGAGACGGAGGUCAAGGCACAGAUCAAGCUGUCCUUUAAGACCGCCACUGGGCAGCCCAUUUACGUCACCAGGUCCUUCCAGUUGACCCAGAAGAAGACGGCUCUGCAGUUCAAGAGCCUGGAUGCGGUGCUGUCCUGCCGCAAUCGCAACACUGGUCAGCGUGAGUCGGUCACGUACCGCUGUGCCGACCUGGACCGGAUGGUGCCCACGCUCAUGGGCGUAUCCAAGGCGGUGCUGGAGAACGUCAUUUUCGUGCACCAGGAGGAAUCCAACUGGCCGCUGGCGGAGGGCAAGGUGCUCAAGGAGAAGUUUGACGACAUCUUCGCAGCCACCAAGUAU